AUGGAGCGCUCCAUCUCCAUAUACCUGAUGGCGUCGCGAAUUGCGCGUGCCGACGACGAUACGGGCUCUAUCGGGGUAUUGCCUGCACCUCCCGGUGUGACGCCAGAUCUCCAAAACCCCAGAGACGCCGGGCGUAAAACCUGCAUCAUAAUCAUGUCCGUCUGUCUCGGUCUGGUGACAAUCCUUUUCUUUCUACGCUCGUAUGUCAAGAUACGCCUUGUCCGGAACUCCUUCUUGGAAGAUGUAACUUGCACUAUAGCCUGGGCCAUGAUUGUAGUAUUCACGGCCACGGUAUUAAUGACGAAUUCAUACGGUGUCGGCUAUCAUGUCUGGGAAAUAUCGCAGGAAACAUACUUAAACUCGCUCAAGUGGCUCUGGGGUUGCUCAGUUGCAUACUGUCCAGCCGCUUUCUUUACCAAGACGACACUUCUUCUAUUGAUCGCGCGUGUCUUCGCAGUUGAAGAGCGCACCGCUCGCGCUAUCUAUUGCUUCAUCAUCUUCAUUCUGAUUCUUUACCUACCUAUUCAGAUAGUCAAGACCAUCAUCUGCCUUCCGAUAAGAUCCUACUGGGACAAGAGCGUUCCAGGACGGUGCCUGGACCAAAAGAAGGCCUUUGUGGUCGACCUUUCCGUUGCCAUCCUGACAGACCUUGUGAUUCUCCUUCUCCCGAUCCCCCUGACCUGGAACUUGCGAAUGCCCCGGAAGCAGAAACUGAAGAUCUGGGCCCUCCUGGGCACUGGGGGUGUCGCAGUUGCCACAACAGUCUAUCGCAUGGUCAAGGCCAUUCAAUUCAUGCACCAAACUGAUGUGACGGCGGAUAUUAUUGCUCUAGAUCUGUCAACGAUGGUUGAGUUGACGAUUGGAUUCUCAUGUGCCUGCCUCCCGGCACUCAACAUCCUAUUUCAGAGACGGUCGAACCGGCGUUCCGAUGGCAAUUCGCCGCGAACAAGCAAGAAUAACAGCCCAUGGCGCAGCUGGAAGUGGGAUUUCAUGUCUAGCACGGGGAAACCGACUUCGUCUGCGACAAUCCAUCACUCUGCGCCCUCUAGACUGCCGUCCGUCACAGAGACCAAGGCGGGCCCGGUCAACUUCGACGUCGAGUUGGCCAUGAUAUCAGAUCCAGAUGGCGUUAAUGCGACUGUGUCAUCCCCUCGGGAGCAUGAGGAGGACCGGAAUGGGGAUCAUUGGUUUGUUCACGAACGGGCCAACUCGCUGGAUGGAAGGCGGCAAGGCUGGCUUGAUCCAAAGAUGCACCAGCAGACACAGAAUCCAGCGUCAUAUGAGAAUGUCAGCGAGGAUUCUCGGACAUCGGUAACAAACCCUUCAACGGAACUAGCGAGGGUCAGUGGCAACAGGCCGUGGAGUAGAAUCUUUGACGGGACCGAUAAUUCUCCACCACCUUGA